GUUCAGCCGAUCAGGCAGCUCAGCAGGACGCUUUAGAAGCUGAACAGGCGGCUCAGCAGGACGCUUCAGAUACCUUACAGCCGCAGCUAGUAGCUGCUGUAACGGAGCAAGUCCUAAAGGCAAUCCGCGAACAGUCGGCUGGUGGUCAAUCUGGGGAGGAAAGAGGACGUGAACGCCAAAGAAGCUCGAGAGGAAGAAAACGUAGAAGACGGUCCUCUUCAGGUAGCAUGUUAGACUCUAGUUCAGAUGGAGAUAAGUCAGAUAAUGACUCAGAGGACAGCUCAUCCAGUGAGGAGAGUGAUUCAGACGAUGAGCAACAGCUCUUAUCAACUCCAAUUUCUUCUCAAGUCGAUAGUAAACUCAAAAACAAAAUAUGGCAAAACAAGUACAUUAACUUAGCAAAAUUAAUACCAAAAGAUGAUUUUAGUAGGGAUAAGUCAGUACACUUGCAAAGCAUGGGUAAAUCAGAAUUUAAGUUUGUGACCUCAAAAUCAAAAACAGCCAUUAAAUCUAUUGAUCAGUGGACCACAGCAUUUUCAAAAUUUUUGGCCAUUUACUCAGAAAUUCCCCAACUUGGUACCAGCGGUCAUCAAACAUGGUGA